ACCGCCCGUUGGGAUUAGGGGUGUGCGGCCGGCUCGUCCCGCCCCUGACUCUGAGUGACAGGACCGUGGACAGCAACAUUUCCAGCUAGACCCGAAGUUUGUCGGCCCUUGCCUUGGCUGAGCUGAGAUUUGAAGUCUAUAUCUCAGAGGGAUGAUCUGAACAUACUCUUCAUUGUAGAGGAAAUAAGAAAAAGCAACCAAGAGCAUUGUUAUUGGUAUCUGGAAUUGAAUUUGCCAGGAAUGCAAGCGCAGCUUCCUCAGUAAAGAUCUUGCCUUUGGAAACGUCUUACCCCUUGGCAGCUCUCCAGAGUUCAGACUUGGCAGCAUCAAGGACACAACACAAGAAAGAGGCAGAUGGUAUGAAAACUGGACUCCCUUAUUUAAAGGGAAUGUUGAUAUUUAUAACCAAGCUUAUCUCCAGCAAGAUUUGUUUUUUGCAGCUGUUCCAGGGGCAAAUAGCAAAUUACUGACAAUAAUCAUUCUCUUUUGGAAAUAUCUUCUAGAGGACCUGAUUCAGAGGGAAAUAACUCAAUCAAAAUUAACAUAAGAAACAAUAGCUAUCCUUCCUUUGGAUACCUUUGUUAAUUAAGUCUUAGAGUUGUACUGAAGAGCAUUGAUCAUAUGGAUGUGUUGCUUUUCAAAUCAGGCAUUUUGGAGAUCAAAGAUGGGUAGAAAAGAUGCCUCUACUAUAAAACUUCCUGUUGAUCAGUACAGAAAGCAAAUUGGUAAACAAGAUUAUAAAAAAACCAAACCUAUUUUACGAGCAACCAAAUUAAAAGCAGAAGCAAAGAAAACAGCAAUAGGGAUAAAGGAAGUUGGCCUCGUACUAGCAGCUAUAUUGGCCCUCCUACUGGCUUUCUAUGCUUUCUUUUAUCUCAGACUGUCCACAGAUGUUGACCCUGAUCUGGAACGAGAUGAAGAUUAGCUGAACAGCAAUCAAUGCAUUAAAGGGAAAUAAUUUUAUGAAAGCAUCCCUUGGGACCAACACUUUCUAAAGUACUGAAACUGGAACAUCUUGAAUUCUUUAUGCUGGUAUUUUCAGUUUUGAGAAAUAUCUUUUUAAAUAGUUGCAUAGGAUAUAAAAAAAAAAAACCUUACCUAGCAAUGUAGUAUAAUGUAUGCUACCGGAUACUUUUAUAAAUCUUUCUACUUUGACAGGCAACCUAUUCAUGGUGCAUUUAGAUUAAAUGGAAAAUAGAUCCUAAAUUCUUCGGAUGUCUUAGCCAAUUUAUGUGUAUAACUCCGUCACUUCAGAUUACUAAAUCUAUUUUUGUUCCGUAUACAUCGUAAGUAAAAGUAUCUAUCCUCAUUUACAGAAACAUUCUCAAAUCACAUUCAGAGCCUAAGAAGGAAUGAAAAGUCAUGGGAAAUUUUUCAUUUUACAAAGAAGCCCUGCUUUCUUUCCAGACAUAUUUUAUAUCAUUAGAGAGACUAUCUGCCAUACAUCUACAGUAAUCUUUUUCCUUCUUUGCCAACUGUUCAGCGCACAUGUGCUCCAUCAGAAAUGGCACCUGGAUGACAGAAGCUCAAAGAGUCACAUAUGUCUCUGUAAAAUAGAGUUCCUUUCCUCUUGGGCUGUCUGAACUGGUGUAAAUAGAAAGUUCAGUUGAUCUUGAUUUUAAUUAACUUAUUAUUGUAUUAAUAUAAACUUGGAAUUCUAUUUUAAUUAUGUUGUUCAGGCUGCUUGCGGUAUCAGUUUGCCCUUCUUGUUAGGGAGGUAUGUAACAAUCUGUCAUUUAGCUGUGCAGUUGUUGUUUUUUUUUUCCACACAACAGUAACGGAAGUCCUACCUACUCAGGAUAAUUUUCUUGGGUUGCCUCCUAACCCUAAACAAUACAUUGGUUUACAAAAUUACAUUUUGUCUCUUGAGAGUUAAUCAAUUACAACUGUUUUGUGAAAAAUAAAUAAUAGAAGAAAAUACA